CAAUUUAUACUUCGACAUACCUUCUUCCGGCUAGAAAAUGUCCAAAUGAAGAUUCCCUUCGAAAGUGUCUUUAUCAAUACAUUAAGGGACCAAUCAGUUUUCGAGAUGACUUUUUUGCCUAUAAUUUUGAUCUUGAUAAAGAAUAUAAUAAACGAGUUAUCCAUUUUCCAGUAGCAUUUGUUCACCCGAUAGAUGUAUUAGAUGUUCAAAAUGCUAUUAAAUGUGGGACAAAAUUAAAUAAUCCUAUUGCUGCAAGAUCAGGCGCUCAUUCUUACGAAGGUUACGGAAUUGGUGAUAAAGAUUUCGGAACAGGAAAUACACUAAAGUCACUAUAUUACGAAGUAAAUAAAUAUGGAUUCGCUUCUCCAGGUGGUAUUUGUCCUUAUCUUGGAGGUAUGGGAUUUCUUUAUCGAAAAUUUGGAUUUUCAUCAGAUAAUAUUCUUGAUGCACAAAUUGUUUUAGCAAAUGGGACAAUAGUUAACAAUGCUAAAGAAUAUCCGGAACUUCUCUGGGUUAUUCAAGGUGCAGGAAACGCAGGCUAUA